GAGGUCAUAAUAACCGAGAAGGCUAUCCAGUAUGCAAACAAGGAAGACGGCAAAUGGAGGAGAAAUACAUACGACUCAUGCUACAGCCAUUAUAAUGUCAUGAAAUCCAUUGGCAUGCUUCAGAAGCUUUCAGAGGAAAUGGUGGCGAGAUGGUCACAAAUACCACAUGGUGAACACGUUCCUUGCCGCCAGGGGAUGUUCAUGUUUGCAAUAAAGGCAAUUAUGCAGAGCUCUCUUGGAAACUUCUUUUUACAAGAUGAAGAGGUUCUCAAGUUCUGGGAAUCAUAUAAUACUAGUUGGUCAGAUAUGGAACAAAGAUUUCUAAAGGAGGAUUUUCCGCAGCCGGGGAGUGAGAGGGAAAAGAUAUUUAACGAAGCGAAAAAGUACAUGUAUGACACCAUUGCGGCAGCGAUCGAAGUAAGACGGAAGCGCCCAACCACUGAGAAACGAAAAAUGCUGAUUGACGUCAUGAUUGAGAACAAUAUACCUUAUGACGUCAUGCAAUGUGAUGUUUUGAUGUUUAUUAUUGGAGGAUUUCAUACAACAGCAAAUUCGCUAUUGUGGGCCCUGACUUUUAUUUCUGCCCACUCUGAUGUGCAAGAAAAGAUGUACCAAGAGGUUAAGAACGUAUUGGGUGACACAGGCAAAAUAACUCCGGAUAACAUUGGUCAGUUAGUGUACACCCGUCAGGUUAUUGACGAGGCACUACGCAUAGCGAAGAUUGCACCUUACGCAGCCCGCUUUGACGAUGAAAAUGACGUCAAACUUGGAGAUUACGUCAUACCAGCUGGGACACCAAUCAUCCAAGCUAUUAAUGUGGAAUAUAAUGAUCCAGCACGCUGGCCGAACCCAAAUGAGUUUGAUCCAGAUCGUUUCAGCCCGGAGAAAGUGUCGGAGCGUCACCCCUACUCCUUUCAACCGUUUGGUUUUGCCGGCAAGAGGAAGUGUCCUGGGUACCGUUUCGCUUACGCAGAAGUCACUACGGCACUGGCGAACAUUCUGCUGAGCUUUCAGAUUCAAGGGGUCAAAGGUCAGGAGGUCAAGGCGAGUUGUGGCUUACUCGGUGCCCUCGAUGAUGAGGUAUGGAUAACACUAGAAAAGAGAUCUUCUGGGAGUGUACAGCCGAUGAAAUAAAGUGCACCGCAUAACUAUUGUGCCGUACACUGAAAAAAGCGGUUUGUGACAUUUGUUGAAGACCUACAAUAUAUAUAUAUAAACAUGUACAAUGUAUGUAAGCAGGAUAUUUGCACCGCCAUUGGUAGUCAUCUUGACGCUGACGUAGGGAAAAAUAAUAAAAUUCCCAUUGAC